AUGAGAAGAUGGGAGGGAGACCAAGAAGUGAAAGCCAAAUGGAUAAUUUUAGAGAGGCUCUUGAUAAACCUAUUUGACUUAGGUUGGACAGGCAGUUUCUUCACUUGGUGCAAUAACCAUAAUGAUGAAACUUUUAUGAAGGAAGGAAUUGAUAGAGCAGUAGCAAAUGCAAGGUGGUCAUGUUUCUUGGAUAAGGUGAAAGUGGAGGUUAUGGCUACAUGCACUUCUGAUCAUAGUGCUAUUAUCCUUCACUCAUUUAAGGGGGGAAGAGAGGAGUAUGUAAGAAGAAGGAAUUUCAAGUAUAAGGUUGGACGGUCUCUUGAAGAAAGAUGUGGACUUGUAGUUAAAGUUGAAUGGGAUAAAGCUAAGCAGGAACCUAACUCAGUUGCAGUUUUACAAGCAAAAUUGAAGAGAUGCAGUAAGGCUUUGAGCAAUUGGAGCAAAUAUACAUUUAGAGAGAGGGAGCAUUUGAUAAGAGUGAAAAUUGAAAGGUUGAGAGAGAUGUAG